AUGAGCGGCACGGCGCAGCGCGCAGUGUAUCGGUCCUCGCUCGAGGAGCAUGAUGGCGCAUUUUCGCAGCUCUUGAGCUUAAUCCCGGCCAAGUUUUAUGUGCCGGUCGACGACGAGCAGAUGGAUACCAAGUACCAAAAGAAUACGCACACCAAGAGCCAGAAGCAGCAAGAGGCGGAGGAGCGCAAAGCACAGAGCCAGGCCGCGAAGCGUGCCAAGCUCGAUCCGGAUAAUGUGAAGAGCGUCCAGGAGGUGCAGGACGACCGCCGGCGACGGCUCGACGACGACGACGAGCUCGAGCUCGAGUUUGACGACGACGACGAUGAAGAGGAGGAGGACGAGGAGGACGAUGAAGAGGAAGAGGAGGACGAGGAGGAAGAGGAUGAGGAAGAGGAUGAGGAAGAGGAUGAUGGCCACGAUAAAGAUACGCCGAAAGACGACCAUACGGAGGCCACGCCGGCGCCGGCCCGCCGCGCAACGGCCUCCGAGCUCCGUGAGCGCCUGCACUCCAAGAUCGAGAUGCUGCACCGGAAACGGAAUCCCGCCGGACCUGCACCGGACGGGCCGCCGAGCACGAAGCAAGAGCUCAUGGAGGAGCGCCGGCGGCAGCGUGGCGAGAUGCGCGACCGCCGCCGCCGCGAGCGCAAAGAGGCGCGCCGCCAGGCCAAGACGCAGUCGGCCCCCGCCAAGGACGGCGCGCGCCCGAAGUCGGACGUUCCCGGCUCUGCGCGCCAGGCCGGCUUGCUCGUUGGCGAUGCGGCCGCGCCUGAGCGCAGCGCGGCCGCGCCUGCUGCCCCCGAGUCGCGCAUGUCGUUCAGCCAAGUCGACUUUGGCAUGGACUCGCAGCGCAAGAACAAGUACGCGGUGCCGAGCGACCCCAAGGCCGCGCUCGCGGCGCUAGAGGCGCGCAAGCGCCGCGUCGAGACCCGUGUCCAGAAGCAGGUCGAGCGUGGCCAGGACGAGAGUCAGGCGCGCGAGGCGGCCGACGAGGCGCAGCGGUGGGGCAAGGCGAUGGCCGCUGCCGAGGGUGUGCGCAUCCGCGACAAUGAGAACAUGCUUAAGCAGACGAUCAAGCGUCGCGAAAAGACCAAGGCCAAGAGCACCAAGGCGUGGAACGACCGCCGUCGCUCGGAGCAGGAAGCUCAGGCCUCGAAGCAAAAGAAGCGUAUGGAGAACAUCGCGAACCGCCGCGAAGCCAAGCGCUCGCCCGGCAAGGCCAAGAAGUCCGCGAGCUCCGCCAAGGCGCGCCCUGGCUUCGAGGGCAGCAGCCGCUCGUUUGGUAGCGCGUCGUCCCGCAAAGGCAGCGGGCGUCCUCAGAAGCGGGCGAGCGAGAGCGCGCCGGGCGCCGCAUUUGUGAACCCGUACGAAGGGAAUAAGAGCCUUACGCCGAACGAGCGCGCUUUGUUGGGCGAGUACGCACGGCUCGCACAGACGUUGCGCAGGGUGGCCGCACUCAGCACGCAGAUUAGUGCAAGCUCGACGCACGCCAGUGUGCUCAAUGACCUGCGCGUGGUUGAGCGCAAGAUGGGGCUGGUGCUCACACUGUUCAAGGCCAGCGUCUGGGCGAUCGUCAUGCAGCAGAGCGAUGCACAGGACGAGGCCGAGUGGGAAGAGCUCGAGAAUCAAUACGACCAGAUGGCAAUUCCGGAAGAGGACGAGACGGACGUGUAG